AUGCUCAUUAAUGGAAUCAAAUUUGCUUGUAACACCUGCGUCAAGGGUCAUCGAUCUUCAACCUGCAAACAUUUCGAGAGACCAUUGAUUGAAAUACGAAAAAAAGGAAGACCUGUCAGCCAGUGUGUUUACUGCCGAGAUUUAAGAAAGACAAAACAAAUUCAUGUCAAAUGUAACUGUAUUCGCAAAAAUAAAUGUUAG